GUCGCUAUGAGUCAGGUCCAAAUUGACAUCUCGGCCAUGCCAGAGCCAGCCAAGUCUGCUCCUGCCCCGAAGAAGGGCUCCAAGAAGGCAGUAGCCAAGGCACAGAAGAAGGACGGCAAAAAGCGCAAGCGCAGCCGCAAGGAGAGCUAUUCUGUGUACGUGUACAAGGUUCUGAAGCAGGUCCACCCGGACACUGGCAUCUCAUCCAAGGCCAUGGGCAUCAUGAAUUCGUUCGUUAACGACAUUUUCGAGCGCAUCGCAGGGGAGGCCUCUCGCCUGGCGCAUUACAACAAGCGCUCGACCAUCACUUCUAGGGAGAUCCAGACGGCCGUCCGCCUGCUGCUGCCUGGAGAGUUGGCCAAGCACGCUGUGUCCGAGGGUACUAAGGCCGUCACCAAGUACACCAGCUCCAAGUGA